AUGGAAUUUCUAUUCCAGCUAUUGCUCUACAUGCCGAAUUCUUCCAUUCAAGAUAUGCCGCACUAUUGUGGAAUUAUGGUUGUCAGAAGGCCAAGAAUGAUUCUCAUGUAUCAAGAUGUAACAAUUCUGAUACAUCCUGUUUAUGUAUCAGAUUCUCAUUUGAUCGACAACAAUAAAACCCCGUGUUUGCCUCUACGUGGCACGAUCACUGCCUCGAGUGAUCUUGUCCCGUUGUCCUACACUGUUGGUUUGCUCACUAGUAGGCCUAAUUCCAAGGCUGUUGGACCCAAUGGUGAGAAACUUAAUGCUGAGGAAGCGUUCCGCAUUGCUGGAGUUAUAGAUGGAUUUUUUGAGCUGCAGCCUAAGGAAGGACUUGCACUUGUGAAUGAUACAGCAGUUGGUUCUGGUAUGUCAUCAAUGGUCCUGUUUGAGUCCAAUAUUCUUGCUGUUAUGUCUGAAGUUUUGUCAACGAGAUGA